AUGGCGGCGGCUGGCGUACUGGAGUUCAAUUUGGAAAGAUCUGAAAUUGAGUACUGUAACGAAUCGUACAUUAAAAACUUGAAAUUAGCUAUAAGGAAACAUUCACGAGCCGCUAAGAGAACUCUUAAUAUAUCCGCCAAACUUUUGAAGACUUUGGGUAAUAAUGUGACGGUAAAAAUGUCAAUGGAAGAAUUCCUUCAUAAUGAAUACAGACCAACUUUCAUACAUUUGGAGUUCAAGUGGUGCGAAAUGUUGGAGUCACCAUACAUGCGCUUGAAGGAAAAAUAUGGGAUCCCAUGUCCAACGCCACCCCGGCGUGGCAGCGGCGCGGGGGCGGGUAACGAGCGGUGCAAUCCAGUCAAGCGGUGA